AUGCCUUUUCCCUCACUCCCAACACCAGGUCAAGGGGGUGGUCCAGUGACCGUGCAGCCAACAGCAGCACAGACACUAGUGAAGGGAAGGGCGGCAGUGGCAAGCACAGCCACCGCCAGCAGGGCAGCAGCCACAGCUGCAGGAGAUGCGGGGGAUGGGUUUGCGUUUGUGACUUCCGUCAGUAGCUCUGCUACGGGCGGUAGCAGUGGUAGCAGCAACGGCACUGGUGGUGGCGGCAGCUUGGGAUAUGCAGGCAUGGAUAAGCGCAGCAUAGCUGUGGAGUUUGAUACCGCCAGAAGCAUCGAUGCCAACGACCCAGACAAGAGCCACGUGGGAGUGAGUGUGAGGGGCAACACCUCUUCCAUCGCAACUAUCAAAGCGCCCUUCACUCUCAACGACAGCAACCCAAAGCACGCCUGGAUCGUCUUCGACCCCUCUCCUUCCUCCUCUAGUGCUACUGCCGGUGAUGGCUAUGACAGCAGCAGCAGCAGCAUUGGUACGGGUGCAGCCAAGACGUCGUUCCUCAUGGGCUUCUCUGCUUCCUCCUCCGACUCCCCUCAGCAACACUCCAUCCUCACCUGGAACAUCACCACAGGCGACUGCUGGGCGUACGCGGUGGUGGGCAGCGUGGAAAUGGCCUACAGCAUUCUCUUCAACCUCUCCGCCGUGCCGCUCCUCUCCGUCUCCCAGCUGCGUGACGCCCUCGGCGCCUCAUGCUCGCAGGGCAACUCGCCCUCCCAGGCCUUCCAGUACCUCGUCACUCUCAACGCCAAGAGCAAAGUGGGGCUCAUGGAGGAUGGGGCUGAGGUGGUGGUGAGAGGGAAGCGGGGCAAGAAGCACAGCCAGAGCCCAUUCUGUGGCAUGCCCGUCUUUGCUCUGCUUCUGCAAGCACUUGGGAUUGCCUGUGGCAAAGGCCGAACCCCCGGAUCGGUAUGUAAAAUUUCUUAA